CGCAGCAGCAGCAUCGUCUGUAGCUAGCACACACACUGACUGUCGCGCGGGCUGUUAGAACGCCGACGCUAUCUGGUCUCGCGCACUCUGGACGCGCUGCAAUCAAGAUUACUUUGAAUAUUCUCUAUUUAGACUCUCCAGAACAAUUUCCCGAUUAUCUUCGACCUUAAUAGGUUAUAUAUUGUAGUGCGCUGGCACGGAUGUUCUAUUAGGCUACUCUGCCGUCUCUUGAAGGUGAAAAUACUCGGGAGGUGAAUUUGUAUCCAACUGUCAACGAGAGUGGAUGACUCUGGUCGACCGCUGUCAUCUUGAAGUUGUCUUAUUUGGGCUUUUUGAGCAUCCUACGGACUGUGAAUUGUGAUGUUCUUGUGCCAUUUUCGCGCUGCUUCACCAGGUUGAGAGGAUAGUGUUUGAGUUGGAGAGAUUUUAACGCGGAAACCUUGUGCAUCACGGAGACCAGGAGGAGAGAACGCCAAUAACACCUGCAACAGAACGCGUCUCCGUUUCUUCCAUAUAUGGUGCAACACCAAAACUGGAACCUUGGAAUAAUCCUACAGAAAACCUGUCAUCGAGAAUAAAUCUGUUUUAAACUCGCUGUGAUAGGCUACGAUCGGGUCGAGGUUGCUCGCUGCUAUUGAACCCCCUACCUAGGCUACAGUUGCUGUUUUACUGUUUGGACCAUUUGAAUAGGCUACUAUAUUCUCCUCUCGGCUCGGACGCCCCUGAAUUUGCGAUGCUUGAGCAGUGAGAGCUGGGUGGGAUCUUAUUUGGUCGUCCUGCACGCCACAGUAGCAUGGCCCCGUCGCGAAGGCACUGCGGAUGGGAGAUGACGCCUCUGUCGGGAUGCCUGCUCCUGUCCAUCUUGGCGUUUCAACCUGUGCUAGCCAAGGUCUGCAAUGACUAUACGAGGCACGGUCAGGACAACAGCUGGUUCUCGGGGGAUGAUGAGAAGUUGCCCAUCAUGGUGCUCAUGCCGAUGAACGAGUCGGCGCUGAUGAGCAGCAUUAGUCAGGGCAUCGAGCCCGCUGUCCAACUGGCCAUCCAGCACAUACGAGAGUCACAGAAUUACAAGUUUUCACUCAUCACCAAAAUCUACGACACCGAGUGUGACAACGCCAAGGGAUUGAGGGCCUUCUUCGACGCCAUAUGCUAUGGACCCAAACACCUGAUGAUCUUCGGAGGGGUGUGUCCUUCUGUCACAUCCAUCAUCGCUGAGUCACUGGAGGGGUGGAACCUGGUGCAGCUCUCCUUUGCGGCAACAACUCCUGUUCUGGCCGACAAGAAGAAGUACCCCAACUUUUUUCGGACGGUUCCGUCGGACAACGCGGUGAACCCAGCAGUGGUCAAGUUUCUCAACUUCUAUAACUGGAGCCGCGUGGGGACCCUCACACAGGACGUUCAGAGGUUCUCAGAGGUGAGGAAUGACUUGACCAAUGAGCUGGAAAAGGCAGACAUCCAGAUCGCUGACACCGAGAGCUUCUCCAACGACCCCUGUGUCAACGUCAAGAAGCUGAAGGAUAAUGACGUAAGGAUCAUUAUCGGACAGUUUGAUGAGAACCUGGCCUCCAAAGUAUUCUGCUGUGCGUACAACCUGAACAUGUAUGGUAGUAAGUACCAGUGGAUCAUACCAGGCUGGUACCAGGGCAACUGGUGGGAGCAGGCCAACUCCACCAACUGCACCACCAGGAAGUUGCUGACCGCUAUGGAGGGAUACAUCGCUGUGGACUUUGAACCCCUCAGCGCCAAACAGGUCAAGGGGAUCUCUGGAAGGACACCUAAAGAGUACGAGAGGGAGUACAGUAAAGAGCUGCAGCAGAAGGGGGUGGAGCCCUCGAAGUACCACGGCUUCGCCUACGACGGGAUCUGGGUGAUAGCGAAGACCCUGACCCGCGUCAUGGAUUUACUGCAGCACAAGGAGAGGCAGGACAUGUACCACAACUUCACCGUGGACGACCGGGAGGUGGGCAAGCUGGUGCUGGACGUCAUGAACGAAACCAACUUCUAUGGUGUCACGGGCCAAGUCAUGUUCAGGAACGGAGAACGGAUGGGUACCAUCAAAUUCACACAGUUUCAAGAGGGGCAGGAGGUGAAGGUUGGAGAGUACAACGCUAUUGCUGAUGUCCUGGAUCUCAUCAACAACACGAUGAGGUUCCAAGGGGUGGAGCCUCCUAAGGACCGUACGUUUGUGCGUCUGCAGCGUCGCAACAUCAACGUACCCCUCUACAGCAUCCUGUCUGUUAUCACCAUCCUGGGCAUGCUCAUGGCAGGGGCCUUCCUCUUCUUCAACAUCAAGAACCGCAACCACAGACUGAUCAAGAUGUCCAGUCCCUACAUGAACAACCUUAUCAUCCUGGGUGGAAUGCUCUCCUACUCCUCCAUCUUCCUCUUCGGCCUGGACGGCGCCUUGGUGUCCGACAAAGAGUUUGAGGCCUUGUGUACUGUGCGAACAUGGAUCCUCAUUGUGGGCUACACAACAGCGUUUGGUGCCAUGUUUGCCAAGACCUGGAGAGUCCAUGCUAUCUUCAAGAACGUCAAGAUGAAGAAAAAGAUUAUCAAGGACCAGAAGCUGCUGAUCAUCGUGGGUGGGAUGCUGCUGAUUGACCUGUGCAUCCUCAUCUGCUGGCAGAUCGUUGAUCCGCUGAAGAGGACCGUGGAGGAGUACAGCUUGGAGGCGGACCCCCAGGGGCGGGACAUAGCCAUCCGACCCUUCCUGGAACACUGUGAGAACACACACAUGACCAUUUGGCUGGGGAUCGUUUACGCAUACAAGGGCCUGCUUAUGUUGUUUGGGUGCUUCCUUGCUUGGGAGACGAGGAAUGUGAGCAUCCCGGCCCUGAAUGACAGCAAGUACAUCGGGAUGAGUGUGUACAACGUGGGCAUCAUGUGUAUCAUCGGGGCGGCCGUGUCCUUCCUCACGCGAGACCAGCCCAAUGUGCAGUUCUGCAUCGUGGCUCUGGUCAUCAUCUUCUGCAGCACCAUCACUCUCUGUCUGGUGUUUGUGCCAAAGUUCAUCACGAUGAGGACCAAUCCAGACGCAGCUACUCAGAACCGGAGGUUAAAGUUCAACACGAACCAGAAGAAAGAGGACUCCAAGACGUCCACGUCAGUGACCAGUGUGAACCAGGCCAACACGUCCAGACUGGACGGCCUGCAGACCGACAACCACCGCCUCCGCAUGAAGAUAACAGAGUUGGAUAAGGAACUGGAAGAGGUGACCAUGCAGCUGCAGGAUACCCCAGAGAAGACCCCGUACAUCAAGCAGAACCACUACGGAGACGUCAACAACAUCCUCAGCAUACGCAACUUUACCGACGGCAAAGAGGGGGAGAAAUCGAUAGUGAAGAAUCAUCUUGAGCAGAAGCCUCAGGCCCAGUGGGGCUCCAUGGAUCCUUCCAGAAUAAACAGAGGUCCUCUGGAGGAUAUCAACUCACCUGAACACAUACAGCGCAGGCUCUCGUUGCAGCUACCCAUCCUGCACCAUGCCUACCUACCCUCCAUAGGGGGGGUGGACGCCAGCUGUACCAGCCCCAACGCCAGCCCUGGCUCCAGCCCGCGGCACAGACACAUGCCCCCGUCCUACCGGGUCAUGGUCUCAGGCCUGUGAGCAUCAGUCUCCCCUGGUGCUUCCAAGAAAGGACAUCUGUGUUUUAAAAACAACAAGCAGACCCUAGCUUAGGCUGUCAGCAACAUUGGAAUAAUAUGUCUGUUGGACCAGGGAGGGGGAAGUUGGUUCCACUCGUCAUGCCUCGGUCUCUAGAACCCCUCUCUAGAACCAUGGGUCGGGAAGGGGGGAGGGCACAGGAGGACCUUACAAAUGACACACGAUCCAGAGCAACAACCUCCUUUGGUCUCACCCCACCACCCCAACAGCAGAGGACCUGACCAGACCUGGGGUGGAUCUGCUUCGGAGGGUUUUUACGUUGUUGUUUUUAUUUUGUCAUACACUGGACUAUGUGUGAGCCUGUCAAAACGUGAGCAUUUCAGCUACGUCAAUGCCUGGGAGGCGUUACUAUAGGAACAAAAGAGUUCCAGCCCGGACUGACGUAGGAUUCAUCAAAAUUCACCAUUGUGAACAAGCAUGUAAAUAGCAUACUUUCUGACUUUGACGUACCGUUAGCUUUGAGUAUGCUGUGAAUGAACAUAUUGGGGGGGUGGGGGUCUGUAUAGGGGUAGGAGGUCCUGAAAAACGAAUGAAACCGUAAAAACUGGCCUACUACAAAGCAAAAUGUAAGACAAAUUGGUUUGUGUAAUAUUACUGCAUCAUUGUAGUGUGUUAAUUGUGUUAAAUGGAUUGGCUCAUGGCAAGAAGUAAGAUUACUCUAAUUUCUGUGACUAGGAAACUGUGGUAAGACACCAGGGGCCAAUUCUUUUAACUUGGAGUAAUAUGCACACAUCUUAUUUUACACUUUGCUACAUUUGCACCAUUCAUUUUUCUUAAAGAUUAUGCUCUCUCUUUGCAUAGGCCUUUAAUGUGUUUCAACUUCCCUAGUGUAAUUGACCUCCAAAACAACAAUUAAAUACUACAGUAGAAUGCCUUUAAAAGGCAACAGAACCAAACAGGACAGAUUUCCAGGAAACAAUGACAAUAGUAAUGACUCUCCGUGUUCACUAUGUGUUGACACACACACACAAACACAUAAAGAUACACACCUAUAGGGAAACAGGAGUGCACACCGUAUCCUAGUGAUGUUACGUGUCCAGACGAGGCCUCGCCAAACAGGCUCCCAUUACCACUGUAAAUGGUCCAGAAACUGUGAUGUCGCUCCAUUAUCUGGCUGUAGUGAGGAUAAAGAAGCAUCUUUCUAAUGAAUAUACGUUUCAUAAGUCAAUGAAAUAGGUGCAGGGUCAGACAGCAUCAAAAGUGGUGAGAAACGGAGAUCGAAGACUUGGACAGAGGUUCUGUUGACAAGACAUACAUUCAGAUCGUAAUGAGGAUGUGGGUUUGCCAUUUCGGAUUCAUCAGUAGUUUUGAAACCGUGAAAUUAAGUCCCUUUAAGCUGUUUCAAUUCGUUUAUCUAAAUGUCAAUGACCAAAAUGGCAAAUACGUACGGCAUAUGUGAACCCUUUUUUUUUUUUUUACCUUUAUUUAACCAGGCAAGUCAGUUAAGAACACAUUCUUAUUUUCAAUGACGGCCUGGGAACAGUGGGUUAACUGCCUGUUCAGGGGCAGAACGACAGAUUUGUACCUUGUCAGCUCGGGGGUUUGAACUCGCAACCUUCCGGUUACUAGUCCAACGCUCUAACCACUAGGCUACGCUGCCGCCCCUCCAGAUGUGGUUUGAGCAGAAAUGGCGCCGAUGGAGACCACAGAACCGACCACAACAAUUGAACCACAGACUGGGAGAAGCAACUCUAAAUCACCUGGCACUUAGCAACAGUGGAACAUACAUCAGAGUUACUAUAGAAAUGUAUUUCUGUGCAGUUGGCCCAAAGGUCAUUUCUUGGACUAAAAUGGGGCCGUAGACAUAGCUAGCUAUCGUCAUUUUAUUUGUACAACUGUUGUCACAAGAACAAGAAAAACACAAAGUGGACGAAAUCCACCAAAAAGCUACGUAUCAUCAUCAAAAGUCUAGAUUUGUUUCAGCAUAUAUUUCACCAUUGGUGUCUUGGUUCCAGUUUUAGUUUUUAAAAGGCGUUCGUUGAGCUCUGUGCUUGUAGUCAUAUCCUGUACCCUGCAGGAGCCACAGUAUACACCAGGCCCAGUAGGUAGUGGUGGUAAUGGUGUGGGCCAGGCUAAAUUAACUCAACAAGAAUCUGUAACGCAUCUGGAAAUUGUAUAACCUGUCAUGACUUCUUAACCAUUCACUGCUCCUACACCUGGAAUAUACAGGGUGAGAUAGAUCACUUGGGGACAACUCAUUACAGAGAGUGGGCUGCUCUGUGAGCUGGGCUUGGCGUCUGAACGCUGAUGAUGUCUGUCAGCCAAGGAGGAAGCCUAUUGGAGGACAAGGAAUGGUUGGGAAGGAGCAGGUUGGAGACAGUACUGCUAUUGGACACAUCCAGGUGUGAAUUCCUGUCUGAGCUCCUCCCCCUAGCCUGGAGUCAAUGGGGCUGUCCAGAGCCGCAACACAGCAGCACAGACCUCCAUGAAGCGAAAAGGCUUCUUUCUCAUCCCUCUUUGCCCACCAGAGAAACACACAGUCACUUCUGAGUGAGUGAGACACUGGGGUUGGUUGUUCCUUCAGAAAAAGAAAAAAAAACACAUUUUAUAUAUUACAUUAUAUGUGAUUGUGUAAAAUUUGCUGAUACCCUGAUGGUGUUGAUUUAUGUAUGAAAUAUUUGGUGUUUGGCUUUCUCAAGAUGGCAUGAAAUAAAAUGUAUCAUUCACAUAGGAGUUACCUGUUUUUACGACUGUCGUGACAAAUCCACUCUGUUUCUUCUGUCACGCUGGUUUCAUUUCUAUAUCCUGUCUUUAAGAGGACAUCAUCAAGCAGUCAAUGUCAAAGCCAAGAUUCUCAGUGAGAAAUCCCCCCCCACACACACAAUAUAAUGUAAACUACAUGCAGCAUUACACAUGCUGCAAGAUGCUGAGGGCAAUAAGUGUACAACACGUACUAGCUUUGGCUAGCUGUGUCAGAAUUAACCUAUAGAACAGUCAAUAACACAUCAAAAAUGUUCUUUUCUCAGCAUUCAUGGAAUCUGACAGUCACUAUUUAUUGUUCUUACAAAAUGCCAAAUGCUGUUUAUCAGGUACUGUUACUUUCAUUUGCUAUGUGCCCUAAUUUUCUAUUAUUAAUUAAAAAUUGUUCUCAACGUCUGCAACAAUAGUUCUUCAAAUGCAAUGUUAGUAGUUAAAGGGCUCAUAAUAACUGGUAAUAAACUGCUUUUUCAUGCUAACGUUC